CAGCGACAGGUUUACCUGAGUCUCAAAAAUUCAAGAUGUCGGCGAAGGUGCUGUUUUAUCGGAUAGGGCUCGUGUGUUCUGUCACAGCUUUUGUGCUGAUGUUCGUCGCUUUCACAUCGCCCUUCUGGUACAAAUCAUGGACGCGAGUCCAUAGCUCGUUCGGUAAUAUCGGACUCUGGCAUGUGUGUCUUUAUGGCUUCAUAAUACCCACGGACCCAGCCAUGAAGUCCUAUGUUGGCUGUUGGUGGAUCCACUCGGAAGAGUUCGUGCGAGUCGCCAGCGAAAUUAUGCCGCCAUGGUUCCGAAUCAUUCAGUUGUUGUGUGUGCUUACACUGCUUAUGGACCUGGUCGUAAUGAUACUGCUCAUCUUGUACCUUGUUGGUGAAACGCACAGGAAGAUAUAUGAGAAAGACGUUGGCAGAAUGUUCAUCAUCAUUGCUAUUUUGAUGCUACUAUCAGCAUUUUUGGUGUUCCUAAUCGCUUUGAUAUUUGCGGAGAUGAGUCAUGACUCCAGCUGGAUGCCUCGACCAUGGAUGAACUAUUUGUCCUGGAGUUAUGGUUGCUGUGUUCUCUCUGGCUUUUUUGGUGCAUUUGGUGGCAUGGUUAUUUUUGUGCUUGGUCUCAUAUACAAGGACAAAUCUCAUCGUGAUGAAGAUCAGUUGGACUCUGCAGCAGAAAUGCGAAAACGGCAAGCCCAGUAUGCUGCUGAAAAGGAAGAAGAAGCUAUGAAGUCUCAGCCUCCACCUCAAGUAAUUCCUACCACUCGAUUCACACCACGGGAAAUGACUGCUCCACAGCCCAUGAAGAAGCCUGGAAUUGAACCACGAGUGGGCGAGUCAUUUGUGUAAAAAGUUUUCAGAGCCAGCCAUACUUCUUGUACAUGGUAUACUUCAUCCACUCAUCAACUGAACAUCGUCUGUACAGUUUUUUUGGAACCACAUUUUUUUUUACAAUACAUGUGCUGAAGGUUCCUUAUAUUUCUUUGAUAUAGUUAACAGUUGAAUUUUUCAAAACUUUGUAUAUUAUCUCUUUGUAUAUAUCAUCAUCGAUAUAUUCAUCCAUUUAUACAAAUCAAGGAGUGCAAAACUCUGUUGGUGCAAAAUCUCACAUGUGAGUGAUCGUAAUAGUAAUAAAAAAAAAUUACAAACAUUCCAUUACAAACAUUAAAUGAAUGAAAGUAUGCCAUAUUACAAAGUGCGUGUUGCUUUUGAGAAAUCACAGGGGCUGUUUCUGUUCCAGGUUUGUGAAGUGCUUAAGAAGUUUUACAGUUACAUGUUGAUAAAGUUGGUGGGAUGGGGGGGAGAUAGGGUGCUGUGCAUAAAGAGAAAGGUGGGUAGAGAGUGUUUGUGCAAGUGCAGGUGGUGCAUACAUUCCAAAAACCAAGAUCAGUUUUAGCAUGUCUUUAUUAUGAUGUUUAUUAAAACUGCAAGGAUGUUUAUCAGUCUUGUCCAUGAAGAUUAAAUAUAUUCUAGCAGUUAAAAAAAAAAAAAAAUUAAAAGCUAUAGCCAUUAUAAAGUGAUGGUACUGUGACAACUUUCAGUGCACAGAUGAAUGAGGGGAAACUAAGUGUGUUAAAGACAUCAAGUUACUGUAAAAUGCAUGUUAAUAGGAUUCUGACUUUUUAAAAUUGUUUACAUAAGGGAUGUACUUGUACAUUUUUUGGACUUCUUUAAAAUGUGAAAGCCUGCUUGGUCUAUAAGACCUUGCAUGCAUGAUAGCUUGGAUACAGAAUGUAUAGAAAACUUCAUAUUUUGAAUUUCACCAGUUACAGGGAAAUGUCAUAUUUUAAAAAAAUUGAUUGUUUUGCAGUUUAACUGAUCAAUACAUUAACUCAUGCUAUCCUGUUGAUAUAAUCCACCACAUUCGGCAACUAUUACAGCAUAAAUAUACAAGACAGGUAAAUUAACAAUUCAUUUUACCAUUUUUGAUGAAAGAACAUGAAAAAAAUGGACAGACUGAAGAGAAAGAAUGGACGCAGCAUUUCAAAAUUGCUGCAACAUUUCAACAAGAGGAAAAUGCAUAAUUUCCUGAUCUUUUGGGCACCACGACCGUGACCAGGUUGGCGAAGGGAAAAAUCAAUGCGCAAAUAACUAAACUGAUUUAAUUGGGUUGUCUGAGUAACCAUUAGAGUGUAUCUAGUAUGCACUGCCAGUCAAUAUAAUAUUUUAAAUAUUGGCAGAGUAGCAAUAUUCCUUGUGCAAGCAUGUCAUAAAAGAAGGUAUGUAAACAGGAUAAAAGCAAUGUGGCAUAGGUGAAUUUAAUCUUUGGGCUGGAUCUACAAAAUGGACAUUCUGAUUUAAGAGGGUUCUUUUAAGCUGUAGUGGAAAAUGAACUUCAGAUUUUAAUGUUUUACCCAAAAUGCACAUAAACCCGAAAGUACAAUCGAAAAAUUUAGUGCAUUGAGAAACCCCUAUAUACACACACACCAAGAAUGAAAGGACUUGAAAUUAAUAUUUCUCACAUUUAGACCAAAAUUUUUUUUACUUCUUUUGUACAGUGCACAUUUCUCUGUCUUUGAGUGGGGUGUUGAAUGAUCAUAUAACAGGUUUCACUCAGGUUUCUGAUGCAGAUGUGAACAAGAUGAGAGCAUGAAAUAGUUCGUCAGCAUUUGUAAACAUUACUUCAGUAGUAAUCUCAUAUUCAAGUUCUUAAGGCCAUGGAAAAACACUGAGCAUAGAAGAGAUUAGGUUCUUAUCCACUGCAAAAAUGUUGGGAGUUGAUUCCCAAAGUUCCAAAUGUUUUAUAUUUCAUGAAAUAUUCUAUCCUCAAAAUGUUUUGUACAAAAGAAUUUACCCAAUAAAGUGUAUUUGAACUU